UCCCUAACGAAUUCAGUCUACAUCUAAUAUACGAAGGGAAAGCAUCGACUGCCUCAUAAAAAACCCAAAAAAAAUUCUUUAAAAACCUGAAAAAAAAAAUUUGGCCAAGUUUUUUUUCUUAAGUUCUCCGUUCGGCGACAAACUUUGGCACUACCAAGAACUAAGCAAGACGAUGUCGAACGUGAUUAAGAAGGUGAUUCCGAUGCUGGACCGCAUCCUGAUCAAGCGCUUCGAGGUCAAGACCACCACAGCCGGCGGCAUCUUGCUGCCAGAGGAGUCUGUGCCCAAGGAGAUGCAGGGCGUUGUGGUGGCCGUCGGCCCAGGAGCUCGCAAUCCAGCCGGUGCUGGCCACCUGGCUGUGGGCGUGAAGGAGGGCGACCGUGUCCUGCUGCCCAAGUACGGUGGCACCAAGGUGGACAUGGACGACAAGAGCGAGUAUUUGCUGUUCCGCGAGGGUGAUAUCCUGGCUAAGCUGGAGUAAGGAUCCAUGCUAGUACACAGGACACUCUUAAGAUCACACUUAAGGCAGCACGUCCCCCACACACCCACCCACCCACCCACACACACACACACACACACACACAUACGUACUCACCCGCACACACGAUGGUCAACAUUACCAAGUUGGUCUUGCUGCAUCCUGGAGCCGCAGCAGACUUCUAUAUUUGCUCCAAUUGCGUUCGAAACUAAAUGAUUAUACUUACGUAACAAAUGAAAUGUUUUUUUGGUAGCUAAUUAACGACACUACCAAGCUACGCAUGCAUACACAUACAAUAAAUGCACAUGCACACGUACACAAUAAUGAAUUGUAAAUGCACCUGCAGAGGCCAACACAUGAUUUACGCUACAGCCACGCGACAGUCUAUCACACAGAAUUAAGAUUUAUUGUAAGGACAGCCAAUAAUAAAAGAAUGAGAAUUAAAAUUAAA